GACUCAGUUCGUGGUCUAUUCGCCGGAUAUGGAGGCAUGGGUGGCGAUCUGGCCGAAGCUCAAGACCACAGAGCUCCAGGCCGAGGUCCGGGAGAUUAAGAAGGAGGUGAAGGAGUCGAUCAGCUACUAUUCAAACGUCAACAUCUCGGUGCAUCGCGCCGUCGCCGAGAGUCCGAAGGGUCAGGAGAUGCCGGGUGACUUCUUGGUGCACCACAAGGCGUGGCUCUACAUCACGACGACGGGCGACGGUUACUGGAACAGCGAUGAUGCCCCUAAGCCUGAGCAUGCUGCGGCCAGUGGCGGGGGGUCCCCCUUCGAGGUGGUGCUCGAGGACGGCGGCGACCCGUGGGGCGCGAACGGCGUGCAGUAG